UAGUAGCGUGAAAGCACGCUGCUCUGAGUCAGACGAGCAGACACACCGCGGACUCCUCGUGGUUGAGCCCGGUCGGCAUCACACCGCACACCCGACCGACGGAGAGAGGAAGAAGAGACCUGCGACACACCGAGAGUCGGGAAAGCGGGAAGCUUUGUGUCCCCCAAGUGAAGAACAAGAAAGAGGAAACUCAGCUGAAGAUGUCGGAGUUAAAAAAGAGAAACUCGAACUCCUCUGCGGACAGGGAGGAGGACAAGCAGGUCACGGAAAAGAUGCUGUCUCCGGGCGGGGAGACGGGAGAGUCGAACCGGGGAGGAGCACCGGGAAGUGAGCCAAGCAGCCCCAACCACACCGCCGGAGGAGAGGGAGGAGAGGGAGCAGAGGGAGGGGUCGCCCUGAAGAGGACCAUCACCCUGUUUAACGGUGUGGCUCUCAUCGUGGGGACCAUCAUAGGCUCGGGCAUCUUCGUCACCCCAACCGGCGUGGUGAAGGAGGCCGGCUCGGUGGGUCUGUCCCUGGUGGUGUGGGCGGUUUGCGGGGUGUUCUCCACUGUCGGAGCCCUCUGUUACGCGGAGCUGGGGACCACCAUCAGUAAAUCCGGAGGCGAUUAUGCCUACAUCCUGGAGGUGUACGGCUCCCUGCCGGCUUUCCUCAAACUCUGGAUCGAGUUGCUCAUCAUCCGGCCGUCCUCGCAGUACAUCGUCGCCUACGUUUUCGCCACCUACCUGCUGAAGCCUCUGUUCCCCGAGUGCCCGGUGCCGGAGAACGCGGCCAAGCUGUUGGCCUGCCUCUGCAUCCUCCUGCUGACUUUUAUAAACUGCUACAGUGUGAAGGCGGCUACCAGAGUGCAGGACUUCUUUGCAGCAGCCAAGCUCCUGGCCCUGGGCAUGAUCAUCAUCAUCGGCUUCAUCAACAUUGGACGAGGUGGCACAGACGGUCUUCUUCCGGAGAAUUCCUUUGAGGGGUCCAAAUAUGAGUUUGGCAGCAUCGGCCUGGCCCUGUACAGCGGUCUGUUUGCUUACGGCGGAUGGAACUACCUGAAUUUUGUCACUGAGGAAAUGAUUGAGCCUUACAAAAACCUUCCCCGGGCCAUCAUCAUCUCUCUGCCCAUCGUGACCGUAGUUUACGUUCUGACCAACCUGGCAUACUUCACCUCACUCUCCCCUGAGGAGAUGCUCGGCUCAGAGGCCGUGGCUGUGGAUUUUGGUAACAAGCACCUGGGUCCCAUGGCGUGGAUCAUCCCGGUGUUUGUAGGUCUGUCCUGCUUUGGAUCUGUCAACGGCUCUCUGUUCACAUCAUCCAGGUUAUUCUUUGUGGGUUCCCGGGAGGGUCACCUGCCCAGUCUGCUGUCCAUGAUCCACCCCACCCUGCUGACCCCGAUGCCCUCACUCAUUUUCACUUGCAUGAUGACGCUGCUCUACGCCUUCUCCAAUGACAUCUUCUCGGUCAUUAACUUCUUCAGCUUCUUCAACUGGCUCUGCAUCGCCAUGGCAAUCGUUGGGAUGAUGUGGCUCCGUUAUAAGAAGCCAGAGCUGGAGCGACCAAUCAAGGUAAAUAUUCUGCUGCCGGUGAGUUUCGUGCUCGCCUGCCUCUUCCUCAUCAUCGUCUCCUUCUGGAAGACUCCAGUGGAGUGUGCGAUCGGUUUCGGCAUCAUCGCCACCGGAGUUCCCGUCUACUUCGUCGGUGUGUGGUGGAAGGGCAAACCCAAGUGGAUGUUGAAUGGAAUCUUCUCGACCACAGCCUUGUGUCAGAAGGUGAUGGAGGUAGUUCCUCAGGCGUCUUAAACUGACUUUCCGGAUGCACCAACAGUGACCUCGGGGCUCUGACAUCACAGUUGAUGACCUCUGUCGACCCCUUUCAACCCACUCCUUCUCCCUCUCACACACACAUACACACACCCUCUGCAGGGUGCUGAUAAGGACCUGAUGAAGACGAGCAUCUGGGGCUACUGUGUCUUUGCGGUCUUCAAAGUUUUUUUUGUUGUUUUUUUUGUUAUGUUGCUGACUUUUUUAAUGCGGAUAUUUUUUGUCACUAACUUCCCUUAUGGUAGGUUUUUAUGCAUUUCAAUGAAUUAACUGUGUUUGUUUCAUGUAAAAUAUCAUCCCUCAUCAGAAAAGUGUUUUUAGCAAGUUGUGCCUUACAGUACGUGGCCACGAAGCUUGUGAUGUGGUAUUAACCUGCAAACAGAUGUAUACAUCUAGAUCCGUGCAACCAGGAACUUUUUAAAAAAAAACUAACGAGACUCUACUUAUAAUCUCCUUGAGACAACUUUUGCUCUUAAGUACUGUAGAAGUUGAAUAUUGUUUGAUAUUCAUGAAGCUUUCUGUCGACAGUGUGUCAUGUCUGUCACUAUACGUGUCUGUUGAGUUUUAGCUCUGCUCUCUAGUCUGCCUUUAUAUGCUGCUGUAGGGAGAGAGUGAAGUUGACUGAAGAUCUUGUGGGAGAUUUUUUUAAGUUUCACAUUUUUAUAGUAAAAAUACUUACUUUCAUGACUUGUGACAAAAAGUGGGUCAGAAUUCAAAGUAUGUGGUCUUUGUCCUGCUGUUGAUUAUCUUUUGGGUCACCGAUCUCAUUUUCACUUAUGGGAUCAAUGUGUGUGUGUGUGUGUGUGUGUGUGUGUGUGUGUGUGUGUGUGUGUGUGUGUGUGUGUGUGUGUGUGUGU